GAUGACACAGGAGUUCGGCAUAAUACUUUAAAAAGGUUCUCUGUCAGUGGUGAGCCACUGUGAAAAAGACGACCGUUAACUCCUGAUAGGCGAACUCAAGCGUUGGAAACCGAGAGCAACCUCGAGAUUACUACUGAACAUCAUGAGUGAGCGACAAGGAUCUGGUGCAGCGGGCGGAAACAGCAAAAUAUCUGGAGGACAAGAUGCAUCCAAGAAGUCCCAGGAAGUCCCAGCGGAGGACUUUGACAUCGACAUGGACGCCCCGGAGACUGAGAAGGCGGCCGUUGCCAUUCAAUCGCAGUUCCGGAAGUUCCAGACUAAGAAGAAGACUGACGACAAGUCAUAGUGGCCACAGGGUUUCCCUGUAGCUGUGGAGACCUGGCAGGGGUAGCUUGGUGUGGUGGCGUUUGCAUGUAUACAUAUUCAUACCGUACGAACUCAAGAGGUGGUGUGAGGGGAGAAAGCAGGGCAGAAGCCUGUCGAUCACUGACAUGUCUGUGAAACUCCAUACGUAACCUAUUAUUUGAUUGCUGUAUCAAUAAAUGGCAAAGUUCUGAAGAUUGGUUUUCUGUCCCUCCAUUUUGUCCGUUCAUGGUGUGUAGUUUGUAAUGUGUUAUAUUUUUUGUAUUUCAGCUUUUUACCUCCACCAUCCCUUCUGUAUUUAUCAGGUUCUCUAUGUAGGAUAGAAGAUGAUUUCACCACAUAAUAUAAAUGCAUUUUUUCUUAUCCUCAUGGCACCCUCUGGUUAUGAUCUACUGUGUAACAAUGUACAUUGAAUUUAAAUAAACAUUCUGUGUGGACAAGUGCA